AAAGAACGAAGAUCAUUUUUUUUUAAUUUCACAAUAUUUAUAAUCAUUACAAAUUAAAAACACGCAUUUUGUGUUCUAAACGAAAGAAAAUGAUAAUUUUAAAAUCAAGCAUAACAUUAAUUGCUUUGUUCCUAUUGUCUGGGAACAUAGAUGCGCGAGGUGGAGGACGAGGUGGUGGUCGGAGUGGUUCAAGAGGCAGGGGAGGUAUGCAUCAUGGCGGUGGAGGUCUAGGAUGGGCUUUUAGUAGUUAUUUCACAAAUUCACAAUACGGAGAUUCUUUUGGUUCCAAAGGUCUUCCAGAAAAUUCUUAUAUAUCAAAGGAUGACUAUAAAUAUAAAGAAUCUAGUGGAUUUUUAAUCAGCUCUCUGUUCAAUGGACGAUGGAAUCAAGAAAAAGAUAGAAAAUGGCGGGAAUCAACUCGUGCUCCUUAUUUUGAGAAUAAAAUACCUGGAAAUCAAGAGAAAAUUCCAGCAAGUGCUAUUGUUGGCGCAGCAAAAGCAUUUGGUUUGGUAUCACUUCUACCACUCAAUGUUCCACCAGGAAAGCCUCUAAUGUACUGUGGCAAUACAGACCUAAUUCAGUCACAAAUCCGAAUCAACAAAGAAGCUACUUAUGUCUGUAAUAAUGCCAAGAUUGAAAUUUCAUGCAAAAAGAGUUUUGAGAAUCAACUUGAUCAUGGAUGUAAAAAUGAGGUAAUGCAAUGCGACUUACAAUAUGGAGUUGCUGGAGCUAUUUACUGUUCACAAGACACAUUGUUCAGUAAAAAUCAUAUUUUCUGCGAUACGACAGCAACUGUAGAUAGAAAGGAUUUAAAUGAAACUAUGACAAUUGUAAACUGUUACAAAGGUCAGCUCCCAAAAAGCCAAGCUUCUUUCGUACCUACAACCACAUCGACAACAGAACAUUCAUAUUUCAAUAUAUUUACAACAACUCCUAAGCCUUUGUCAUUUAAAGCAAAUCUUCAUGUUUUUCUCAUUAAUUUAAUUGGGAAAUCUGAUGCUUUAGAAACGACAACACCUGAUGUAUAUCCAUUUACAGGCAGGAAUGCGUGGCAUCCAGAAGCAUUGACAAUUCCACCGGAAACAACCACAACAACACCAAGGCCAACAACAACAAAGCUUCCAUACGUAUGGAUGGAAAAAGUAUACACAUAUCAUGAUAAUGGAACUGUUGAAAUAACAAUUCGUCCAGUUCCAAAACACUUGUUGCCUUUUCCUUUUGAAACAGACCCAUUCAUACCAUAUGAUUGGUUUAAAGUCUAUACAACUUCAACUAAAGCUUACGAAGAAACAACGACAGAAUUAAAAACCACAACAACUACAGAAGAACCUUAUGUAUGGAUGAUGAAAGUUCCUUCUGAUGAUUCUAAUGAGAAAGAGAGAUUGGAACCUGCACAUAGUGAAAUUGUUGACCUUAUUGAAAAUUAUGGCUCAUGCAUUCCUGAGAAUUUUGUGAAAGUUCCUAGAAGUAAAGCUUAUAAAUUUUCAUAAAUGUUAGAGUGAAUGCCCGAAAAGCUUCGAUUUAAAUCCAAGACCAUGCCAGUGUCUCACUAGCUUAGUGCGGGUUUUCUGAUCGAUUAACCGACUUGUGCCAUUUGGGCUAUUGAUUAAGUGCUACCCACUCGGACAAAUCCUUUGCUUUAAGACAAGAAAAUUCAUUUUAAGUUUGAAAAAACUAAUGUAAAUUUAAAUUAAGUCCAGUAAAUUUUUAAUGAUUUAUUAUAGCUCUAGUUAACAAAAUAAGUAAUCAAAUAUUGAAUAUAAUCGCUCUUUAUCAAUAAAAUGUCG